GAACCAUCAGUCAUGUGACUCAACAACAUUCAGCUGAAUACUGGUGUGGAGUUCAGUCUGAUCAAGGACACAAGAGCUUCAUCACACGAGUCCUCAUCAACUUUACUGAGGAAGUGGGCGUCUCUGUCACAUUCAUCAGUUCAUGUUAAACAUGUAACCAGGAAAGAAACACUCAGAGCUCAUCUGAACACACAUCGAGAGCUUCAGAAGAACUGAAUCUACUAACAACAGAGAAGAUCAUUGAAUAAGAGAAGAAUGAAGAUCAUCUGGACUUUCACUCUGCUGAUGAUUCCUGGUGUUGUGAGCUCCAUCAAUGUGACAGGUUAUUCAGGAGGAGGAGUCAUCAUCACAUGCAAAUAUAAUAAAACAUUUACAGCAACUGCAAAGUAUUUUUGUAGAGGACAGUGGUCAGAGUGCACAGACCAAAUCAGGACUGAAAAGAAAAACAAAUGGGUUGAUUCUGGAAGAUUCUCUCUGUAUGACGACACAAGAGCAGCAGUUUUCACUGUGACCAUCAGAGAUCUGAGUGAACGGGAUUCUGGCACAUACUACUGUGGAGUAGAGAGUUUAGUAUGGCAUCUGAACAUUAUAAAAGGUCAAAAUAUAAGUGCUGUGAGAGGAUUUUCAGGAGGAAACGUCAUUCUAAACUACAAAUAUAAGAAGCAACACAAAGACCAUGAGAAAUCUGCACGUCUAUUACGUGUGUUUAUCACAGACCUGAAUGUAAAAGAUUCUAAGAAAUAUAGAAUUGUAGUCAAGGUUUCUGAAGACUACAGGUUCUUCUCUGCGUUUAACCUGGACAUCAGAGACACUGAUUGUUGUGAGAAGAGCAUCAGUCUAUCAGCUGCUGCAGGAGGAUCUGUGAACAUCAGCUGCAAAUACCCACAAUCCCACAGUGCUGAUGUCAAGUUUGUCUGCAGGAGAUCUGGAUCUGAUCUCUGUGCUGAAGAGACGUCUGUGAAGGAGAACAGAAGAUGGAGCGCUGAGGGACAGAUCCAGCUGUAUGAUGACAGAGAGCAGCAGCUCCUGACGGGAACCAUCAGUCAUGUGACUCAACAACAUUCAGCUGAAUACUGGUGUGGAGUUCAGUCUGAUCAAGGACACAAGAGCUUCAUCACACGAGUCCUCAUCAGUGUUACUGAAACAUCUUCACCACCACCAUCAUCAUCAUCAUCAUCAUCUGUUUCUUCACCAUCAUCAUUCAGAACUUCACUGAUCACAAGAGUUUCCUAUUCAUCUCCAUCUGGUUUCAUAACAGCAGGUUCUUCUCUGAUCAUUCCUCUGGUUCUGGUUCCUCUGGUUCUGAUCAUUGGUCAUCUUUUAUUUCUGUUUCUCUGUAAGAAGCAUCAGUCUCAAGGCAGUGAUUCAUCAUCUCAGGCUGGAGCAGGAAAACAUGAUUUGGUUCCUCACACUGGUUGUGUUUAUGAGGAGAUUAAAAACACUCACAGACAAUUACCCACAAACCCCUCUGUUUCUUCUGACUGUGUUUAUGCUACGGUUCAUAAAGUCACUGGUGAUCCUCAGAUCUUGAUCUCAUCUGCUGAUGAUAUGAAUUACGCCAUGGUGAAGAAAGCGGACUGUCCUGACCAGGAGCAUUUCUAGGAUUUAAAAACAUCCGGGGCUGGUGCCAAAAUGUGAGGGGCUAGUGGUGGUGGAUGGGAGCUCACAUCAUACUUAAAAUUGUGUUAGACACAGAUGUGUGAACCUGCAUCCUUCUAGGGAGAUCUGGGGGCAUUGAACAAUGAAACAAGACCUGACUCACCCCUCUUCUGAUACUCUGAAAACUCAUGAACUGUUUGUGUGAGCAAAGUCAUGUUGUCCUUUUGAUUUUAGUUCAUUUGACAGAUACUUUGCCAAAGCAGUGGCACAAAACAGUGUUGUAACUCUAUGAAAAAUAGUAAAAAGUAAUCACUGCUAAUAGCAAACAAAAGUAUUAUAACAAAAUUAUAACCUUACAAAAUGCAUAACACAAAUACAAUAAUAAAUUUUAAAAUGUAUUUGCAACUGUAACAAAUAUAUGUUUAAUAGGGCCCCAUUUUAUUUUUUUCCAAAUUCAUUUUAUUUUUUUUUUUUUUAUUUUUUUUUCUGUUUU